AUGGACGCCUACACUGAUUAUCAGUACGACUACCACAAUUACACUGAGAAUAUUUUAGACAAUGGAUCAUUUCCCUUCUCUGUCAUCUUCGACUGUCCUGGCUCACACCUCCAAGGCUCCAGCACCUUCCUGCCUGUUCUCUAUUACCUCAUUUUUUUCACAGGCUUUUUAGGAAACCUGUUUGUGAUCUCAGUCGUAGGGAGGAAAGGCAGGAAAGGUGGACGCCUUGUGGACACGUUUGUCAUCAACCUGGCCCUGGCCGACCUGGUCUUUGUCCUCACGCUGCCCCUGUGGGCCGUCUCUGCCAGUCAGAAUGGUUACUGGGACUUUGGGGCGAUUGGGAACCUGUUGUGCAAGCUAAGCAGCUACAUCAUUGCUGUAAACCGCUUCUCUAACAUCUUCUUCCUCACCUGUAUGAGCUUUGACCGUUACCUGGCUGUGGUGAAACUGAUGGACUCCAGGUACCUGAGGAGCAGCAGGUGCAUUCAGGCCACUUGUGCUGCAGUGUGGGUGAGCUCACUGCUACUUGGCAUCCCGUCGUGGGUGUACAGAAGUGUGCAGCAGCCCAGUGAUGGCCCAUCCUGUGUGGAAGACAGCAGCUCAUACGUUUUCCUUGGCAUAAGUCUGUUGAUGGCGCUACUCACCUUUGUAUUUCCAGUCUUGAUCAUCAUCAUCUGCUACGGCACCAUCAUCGUGCAUCUCAACAAGCACUGCGCUGCUGCUGCCAAUCCUCGAGCUGAAGCCCGCCGCAGGCACUCCCUCAAGAUGGUCCUGUCCAUCAUCAUAGCCUUUGUGGUGUCCUGGCUCCCUUUUAACAUCUUCAAAGUCAUCAUCAUCAUCUCACAGCUCUCCAACGCUGAGCUCAGUUGUGAUGCUCAGGCGUGGCAGAGAAACGGGCUCCUCGUCUCAUGCUGCCUGGCCUUCUUUAGCAGCUGCGUCAAUCCAGCCAUCUACUUUUUUCUGGACAAUCACUUCAGACGACAGGCCGAGAUCCUGUUCAACACCUGCAGAGGGAAGCCAAAGUUACUGCAGAGCUACAACUCCUCAGCUUCAUUCACCAACGCUGGAACUACAGAGAGUUAAGGAACAACUGGAGGGAGAACUCAGAUUCAGAUGUCUGACUGAUGCUUAGCUCCUGUUUUAAACUCUGAAGCUGGUAAAGUUAUUGUUCUAUUAUUCUCUAAGAGCUGUGUAGGGAUGGGUGAUAUGGACCAAAAACCAUAUAUCAAUAUUUUUUUAGCUGAAUGGCAUUUCAUGAUAUAUAUCUAUUCUUUUCUGUGAAUAAAUAACAAAUGGUUCAGACCAUUAAAGGGAUAUAAACUUUGAUAGGAUUAUAAUAAAUCAGAUCACAUUAAAAUCUGUUGAUUGUUUUUAUGCGACUUAUAAUAUAUAAAGGAUGUAAUGAUUUAUUAUUACAUGACCAUAAGACAUAUUUUUAACCAAGAGAGAGAGAGCAUUGUCUAAAAUGCAGAAAUAUGUCUGCACAAUGGAGAAGUGGGUAGACCUGGCAAUUUGGUGAUUGAAAACAACCAAUUACCCAAUACUUGGUGUCUCUGUCUUCUACUUUAGCUGCUGUGGUAUCAUACAGGUAUCAUUAUCAUUAGAUAACUACUAAUCAAAAAUUUAAAACAGAAGAUAAUAAAUAAAAAUAACUCCUGGUUUGGACUAAUCAUUUUAAAUAGACUAUCUAUGGUAAAAGUUAAUAGCUCAUACAGUAAUCAUUUUUACCGGGCAUUAGGGCAUUAGGCAUAUACUGUCACAUUUAUAUAUCUUAAAAACUUGAUUGAUGUGCCCAGUCCUGCAUCUUUGCAGAGUUUCCUGCUCAUCUUGAUAAUGACAGAAAUUCUAAAUAUUUCUCUCAGUGUUUAAAUAUGAAGCUAUAUCAGAUCUGUGUAAAGACAAUGCUUCUAAAUAAAGGACUGUAAAUACUUCAGUUUCUUUAAUUAUUUGUUUUUGUUUAUUUGUCUUGACUUGGGUUGUCUUUAUUAGCAUAUUAAGGGGAAUUUAGGUGAUGAGUAUGCUGUUUAUACCACAUCAGUAUAUUGUUCAAUGCACUUAUAUCAAACACCAGUAAGAAUGUUUUAUUUCUAUAAUUCACAGCUGUCCAGAAAA